CAGAAAACUCCACCUCACAAUCUUGAGCCAUAAACACAUCGUUUAGGAGGGAAUCCUAUCCCACAAUGAACUGACCUCAAAAAGCUUUAGUUAAUAAGAAGAAACACUGAAGCCUCCAGAACAAGGCAGAGAAACUCAGUCUGAGGGGAGCUCUGAGAAUCAUUCAGUUGUUAGUCCUGGACACUGCUUCUGUCCUGGGAAUGAUGCUAGUGUGGAGUUUUAAGAUCAUGAAGGAAAGGAAACUCCUCCUGGCAACCUUCUAUGUUUUGUGCCUGUUGGAAAAUCCAGUCUCUGGUGAUGAAACUAAUUCAACUAAUUCUCCAAAUGCUACCAUUGCUGAGAGGUUGACAACAAUCAUUGCUCCUACCUCUGCUUCUAAUUUUACCUCUUUAAACUCUACUGCUCCAUCACUAGAAGAGACAUCAAGUAAUGUUACCAAGCCAGAGACAUUUGUGCCCAGCACAUCCAGAAUAAGCUUAACUUCACCAAAUACAACAGCUAAGUCAUUUACUACACAGUGGAAUGCAAUAGUGACUAUUAACAAUGAGACAACGACUCAUAAUUUAAGCUCAACAUCACUUCUAACACAUGGUCCUACUGAGCCAACAACAUAUAAUUCCACCAUCUUUCUUAUUACAUCCAUGACUGAGAACAACAAUGUGAUGUUCAACAUCACAUGUGUGAAAAUCAAGCAGAUGCUUCCUGCCACUGAAGUGGUAUGCUUGGAACUCCACGAAGCCCAAUCCUGUGAAAACUUUAAAAGAAACAAGGGGGAGGGAUUGAGCAAAUUAGUUUGCAAAAAAAAAGAAGUACCAUGUUUUAUUGAACUGGCUGACUCUGAUGUGAAUCACCAAUGCAUGCUGUUGCUUGCAGUUAACAAUACAGAAAAUAUAGGUGCAGAAGCAUUGUAUGGCUUUCUGGAUGACAAGCAACCUGAUUUGAAAGUGCUUGGGAUAAAAUCCCACAAACAGGAACGCACUGAGAUUCACCAGGUCCAUUCUCGGAGGACCCUUAUUGCCUUGGUCACCAUCGGUCUGCUGUUGGCAUUUUUGGGAUUGGCUGGAUAUUAUCUUAUGAAACGACGAAGCUGGAGUCCUAUGGGAGAAAGGCUGGGUGAAGAUCCUUAUUACAUCGAAAAUGAUAGCCAUGGCAAUCCUGAGAUCCCUGUAGCCUCUCAAGAACAAUCAGGCCUGCAGGAUAAACCAAAUCUCAAUGGAGGGGCUCGGGAAAAUGGGACUGGCCAGCCAUCCUCGAAAAAUGGACACCAAACGAAGCCCCAGGUUGUGGCUGACACAGAACUGUGAAAAUACUCUGACCUUUUUAAUGCAGCUGGAAAAGCUCAAUUUGCACUUAACAGCAGAGCUAGGACCAAAAAUUCCUAAAUAAAAUCAUAAUACCUUUUUUUAAAAAAAGCUUUACUAUCUUAUACUAAAACAUUUUUCAGGGGCUGACGCAGCAGCAUUUGUGUAUGAACACUGUAAAAUUAGCAAACUGCUUCAAUGGAAUUGGAUAUGUUUUUAAUAAACAUGGAGUUUGAGGUUUUUUUAUUUUUUCUAUUUUUAGAUGUCAUAUCCUUCACAACUGUUCAUCCAGGGAGACACAAGGCAUGCUUUCUAGAAAUUAAAGAUUUUUCACUGUUUGAGAGUUGUUUAAUAUCUAUCUGAUGCUGUUUAGAGUAAGAAAGGACAUGUUCCCCUUUAUAAAAUGUAAUUUUAAUUUAAUUUUAAAAUAUAACCGAGAUAUAACAUCUAGGACUUCAGAGUAGUAUGCAGCUGAAAGUCCCUAGACUUUGGUAGAGUAUCACCACCCAUCCUCAUCUCCAGCUAAAACUGUCAUUACUGCCUUUCUGCAUUUGUGCUGUGCUGCAAUUUGUAUAUAACAUAAACUGAUUGUAACUCAUCAGAAGCCUUUUGAAAUAUGGCUGAAGCAGUUCUUAACACAAAAUAAACUCUUCAUUAGCUUUG